GAAGGAAGAUGCCGCUGUCAGACCACCCUGCAUGGAUAACAGAUCUGAUCUUAUUCGUGCAUCGUCUUUGUUUUUAGUUGUUUUUUUUUUUUGCACAUACAGGAAAGUAAUUUCAUUUUAUUUUAUUACACAUUUGUUAUUUAUUUAUAUUCACGCUGUGUUAUUCCAGCCCCCUCCUAACGCUCGGGUCCAUUUCCUUAGCGACGCUUUUGUAGUAACCAGGGGGCGGGUCGUCUAAUCCUUUACGUCAUGCGGCGCCUCGGAGAAACGGCUAACUCGUCACAUGACGGGGGCCAGCGCUGUAGAGUAAUUGCAAGAAAAGAGCAUGAGAUUAUAUUAAAAAAUACAAACAAAAAAAAACAACAACUGUUGUACAAAUUCUCUAUUUUGCGCACAGAGCAUUUAGACAUGGCACGGUCCGCAAUGGCUUCACGCAGCAUGUGUCACCCUUUUAGACGUCCCCUCCUUUUCCUGCAGUCGCCGCUGCGAGGUUUUGGUCUGGGUGGAGGGGAGGACAUAGACGCGGACCACGAUAAUAAGAAAGAUCCCGUCAGAGAUUCACCCAGAUUGCACAGGCAGACUGGCGGGACUCUGCAGUCGAGGGCUGCUCCAGAGGCGCUGUCGGGGUUUGAGAAAUCGAAAGCAGGAUGAGCACGGGACCUGAGCCUGAGGGCGUUGACCCUCUCCAGUUUUGGGAUUCCCUUGCUGCCCGCUGGGCAAGGAAAGAGAUUGAUGAGGUGCGUGUGGAGGCUCGGGAGGGCUUCUCUGCUCUGCGGGACCCCCUGGAGGGGCUGCUGGUGGUGUUGGAGUGCUGUCCGGAGGCGAUGAAGUCGAAGGGGGGCUCACUGGGGCACUGCGUCCUUUUUGAGUUCCAGCUCUGGCUCAAGGAGCGGCCUCACCUCCACCUGCAGCAGAGGGAGCCCGGGGCCAGGCUGCGCAGACUCCAGGUCCAGGCUUUGAGCCUCCUCACGGAGAAGCAGCCCAGCUUCCUCGAACCCCUGAUCGAUAUCUACCAGCUGGGCACCCUGGAGCGAAGCGUCCUUCUGGGGCACGUGGGCUACCUCCUGCACCGGGGCAGCUACAGGGAGGCGGUGCUGAUGAGUAUAAAACUGAAGCUGCAGCCAGACCUGGACGUGGAGAAGGUGUGCAUUCCCCUGGUCCUCCAGGACAGGCUCCAGCUGGCAGAGGCCUUUGUGUCUGAUUACCAGGACCUGCAGAACAGGCUGGUCAGGCUGCUGGACUCCUGGUGCAGCCCGGGCUUCGAUCCCACACCUCUGCUCAGCCACUACCCUGGGAUUCCAGAGUUCCACCAGAAAAGUGGCAGGCUGGCUCCUAAAGUCCUGAGCAAGCAGGUGUUUCGACUGAUGGAGCUGUACGGGGUAGACCCAGCUCUGUGCCCCAAUGUUGUCACCCAGAGAAGACUGGCCUCCCUCAAGUUUCUCAUGUAUAAACGGUUUGUGGAGAAAAAUAUGUCUGAAGAAAACUGGGCAGACCAUGUUCAGGCCACUGUAGGGGAGAGCGUGGACCUUCAGGUGGAGCUGAUAUUUAUGCUGGUAAAACACAGCGGACUGGACAGCGCUGCCCGCUGGGCACUGCGAUACAGCGUCCCCACAGACCGGCUUCCCAUCGGAGUGGGGGAUCGGCGGGAGACCAUCCUGGCGAAGUCAGUCUCGCAGACAGAGUGUCCUGCAGGCACAGGAGAACCCUGGGAGCCCUCGGAGGAGAGCAGGAGGACUUACUACCAGCUCCCUAUCCCCAUGGAGAACGUCCACCUCCUGGACACACCGGAGGGGCUGAGGCAGUGCCGGGAGGCUGUGCUCAAGCCUGGUGCCCUGCUGGGAGUGGACAUGGAGUGGAGGCCCGCGUUCGGCUCGGUGGGGAAGCCUCGCGUGGCCCUGAUCCAGCUGGCGGUCCGAUCCUCUGUGUACCUGCUGGACCUGACGGAGCGCGGGGGCCCAGAGCAGGACCAGGAGCUCCGACACUUCAUCAGGGACGUGUUCUCCGACCCUGCUGUCACCAAGCUGGGUUACGGGAUGGCUGGUGAUCUCAGCAGCCUGGCUGCCACGUGGCCCCAGUUCCUGGAGGAGCCCCUGAAGCCUGCUGGGAUACUGGAUCUGCUAUCGGUGCACAAACAGAUCCAGAAGGCUCAUAUUCCCCAGGGGGUCAGGGGUUCCAGGUCACCGGACGGGCUCAAGGGCUCUGCGGAGAAGGGGCUGAGUCUGCUGGUGCAGCUGGUCUUGGGGAAGCCUCUGGACAAGACCGAGCAGCUAUCAAACUGGGAGAGACGCCCACUGAGACCCAGCCAGGUCUACUAUGCAGCUGUUGAUGCCUACUGCCUGCUGGACGUGCACCACUCUCUGACCCAGGAUCCCGGGCGCUUCGGGCUGGCACCAGGUCUCAGCAACGCCCUUGGAGGCCAACAAGUGAAGUGCGAGGAGAAAGGGACGCGCAGGCCGAGGACUCGAAAAGCACAAGUCAGCGGGCAGGAGCACUUUGACCCCUGCCUAGCCGCGGAGGAGGAGAAGAAGCCCCAGCCCCCUCCUGCUCUCCCUGGGGUGUCCCGGGAGGCCCUGUCCCCUCAGCAGUUCCGGGUGGUGUGUGACAACAUGCUGCAGGGGCUGGGCCGCUACCUGCGCUGCGUAGGGGUGGACGUGAGGAUGCUGGACAAUGCUGAUGACCACAGGAGGGCGGCCGAGAUAGCGAGGGAGGAGAGUCGUGUUAUCCUGACCUGCGGGCUGCCCUUUCAGACGUUGAAAUCCCAGGUGGGGGAAGGACGCUGCUUGGCAGUGGAUUGCUCGGAGAAGGCACGGGACCAGGCACUGCGGGUUCUCAAGCAUUUCAACAUCACCGUCACUCCCGCUGACAUAUUCAGCCGCUGUCAGGUUUGCAAUGGGGACCAGUACCUGAAGGUGCCCAGGCAGGAGAUGGAGCGACUGAUGAAGAUCAGAGGUUAGUAAUCCAACACCCACAGGAGUCUGCCUUCAGGAGGAUCUGUUCUAUACCAGCUGAGUUACCUGCUGCAAAGACGCUCCCUCCUUCCAUCCCCAACAGAGCUAUUCCAGGCAUUUUCCUUCCUUCAGUAUGAGCCUGCAUUCUUGCGCCUCUCCCCAUGUCUGUCUGUAAUUACAAUGCAGACCGAGACUCGAAAUCUUAAUGCAUUCUGCGGGUUUGUAUUAGUAGACACUCUGGGUGGUUGUAAUAAUUGACUGCUUUCCCUUUGCAGAUGUGUCCAAAACACAAAGAGGUAGUCUUGAUUCAUGAGGGCGAGUCUUGAUUCAUGGGCUGGGAUUUUGAACCCUGAUUCCCCUGGUUUUCGAGUUGCUUGCUGCUCCCGUUGGCCCGUGCAGCAGUCUCCUAAACUUGCAUGUAGGCGUGCAAGAGUUAAUCCCGGAAGAAGCUGAUUGGAGCCGGUAGACGUGGGAAUGGCUUUGCAUUAUAAAAAGCCCAGCUCCCUUGUAAACCCUUGUAAAGGUCGGUCACCUGCCCUCCUGAUGCAUUCUCGCUCUGCGGGCCCCUGAGAGGGAGUCUGUGUUGCCUGAUCAACCCUCUUUAUGUUCUACAGCCCGUGGGAAAGCCUCCACUGCCCUUUUUGCUCUUGGGGAUUGGAAACUCUAUCUGGUGACGGCAGGAGAAGCCACAAUGCCACAUGAAACAGAAGGAAAAACCAGCCCUCUGUUUACUG